AUGCCAAUAUCCAUACUAAAUCCUGCUCAAGUUAUCAUAUUUCAAGCAUGCUGUACAAUCCUGCCAUUUAUGACAACACUUCCACCACCAACAACACUUCCACAGUGCCAGUGCCCCUUAGAUUUGUACAGCGACAGUCUCUGCCCUACUAUUGGACCUUGCAACAGAGAUCCCAUGGCAAUUACAUAUGGUUCUCCGUCAUUGUGUCCAGUCACCUUAAACUGCGAACAAACGGACUACGUACGGUUUCAAUUUGCUGAUGGCGCUUACAUAAAUAACAUAAAGGUACGUAACUUUCGUCAGCUAGCAGAUAUCCAGUGCGUCAAUGGUCAAUGGCGUUAUUAUGGCCACCAGGUAGCAUAUGACAAAGUGUUGCGUCACGUCGUCUGUUAUUCCGUCGCAAUUCCCGUAUAAGGAUAAAUGCAUAUGGCACGUCGAAGGAUUUAUGAACGAGCGAUCAUAUCAAAAAUGAUUGUUUACUCCGAUUUUUGGCUCGCAAUCCUUUUUUAGACUUGUAGUAUAUGCUCGUUGAAAAUAUAAAAGAAAGUCAGCAU